AUGGGCAAGAAGAGCUACCAGAACUAUGGCAAGACCUUCAGAAAGCCCAAGCGACCCUUCGAGAAGGAGCGAUUGGACGGCGAGAUGAAGAUCAUCGGCGAGUACGGCCUGAAGAACAAGCGUGAGGUGUGGCGAGUGCAGUACGCACUGGCCAAGAUCCGCACAGCGGCACGAACGCUGCUGACCCAGGAGGAGAAGAGUGAGACCCGUAUCUUCCAGGGAGAGGCGCUUCUGCGCCGCAUGGUUCGCUUGGGCCUGCUGUUGGAGAGCGAGAAGAAGCUCGAUUACGUGCUGGGCCUGACGACGGCCAAGAUCAUGGAGCGCAGGCUGCAGACCAAGGUCUUCAAGCUGGGCCUUGCCAAGUCCAUCCACCAUGCACGGACUUUGAUCCGUCAGCGUCACAUCCGGGUGGGCAAGCAGAUCUGUGACAUUCCUUCCUUCCUGGUGCGCCUUGACAGUGAGAAGCACAUCGACUUCGCCCUGACCUCGCCCUUCGGCGGCGGCCGCCCGGGCCGUGUGCGCCGCAAGAUGAUGGCCUCCAAGGGCGGAGGCGGCGGCGGAGAUGACGAGGAGGACUGA